CUUUUACCUUCAUAGACUGCACACGGCAUUCAAGAUUGCGGAUAGAAUUUCUCGGACAGACCCUCCAUUCGCUUCCUCCCAAAACGAUGGAGAUCCCUACACUGGAUUUGGUCCUUUGGACGCCCUAGACUCGACCGAGCUCUAGGUGACCUAAGGUCCAAAUUCCCUGAGACAAUGUUGUUGCCCAGUGAGUGCACUGAGUGGUGAACCAUUCACGUUUCGUAUAGCUGUUUGAGUCAUCGCACUGGAUUGGAAUCGGAAACCCUAGAAUGCGAAAAUCCUCAGCAGCAAGAUAGUUACAAGAAUGAGGAAGCAGGGCGCUUGGGCGUUGGCGAUUCAGAAAAAGCGGUGGCCGCUGAUGAUUCUGGCACUGUUUUCACUUUCCACUGCAACGGUUUUCUUCAUGAGAACGUCGUUCGAUUCUUGCAUCACCAGUACUACUAGUAUUAGUUGCAGUAUUAAUAGUAUUACGGACGAUUUUGGAGAAGAAAAAGAUACGAGCACUCAGAUUUUCUCAGCCGCUCUAGUCGGUAGCGCAACACCGAAUCCUCUCGAUUUCAUGAAUUCGAAGCUUGUGCUCUUGGUUUCACACGAGCUCUCUCUUUCUGGUGGGCCUUUGUUAUUAAUGGAGCUUGCAUUUCUGUUGAGGGGUGUGGGUUCGGAGGUGGUUUGGAUUACGAACCAGAAACCAGCAGAACCGGAAGAUGUCGUUUACAGUUUGGAGCACAAGAUGUUGGACCGCGGGGUGCAGGUCUUAUCUGCAAGAAGUCAAAAGGCUAUUGAUACAGCUCUUAAAGCUGAUUUGGUCGUUUUAAAUACUGCUGUUGCUGGGAAAUGGCUAGAUGCUGUUCUCAAGGAAAAAGUUCCUCAUGUUCUUCCAAAGGUUUUGUGGUGGAUUCAUGAAAUGAGAGGGCAUUAUUUCAAAGUGGAGUAUGUUAAGCACCUCCCUUUUGUUGUAGGUGCAAUGAUUGAUUCACAUACAACAGCGGAAUACUGGAAGAACCGCACUCGAGAGCGUUUAGGGAUCAAAAUGCCUAAAACCUAUGUCGUGCACCUUGGAAAUAGCAAGGACCUAAUGGAAGUUGCUGAAGAUAGUGUAGCCAGGAGAAUUCUUCGUGAGCAUGUCCGGGAAUCUAUUGGAGUGCGGACUGAGGAUUUAGUCUUUGCCAUCAUAAACAGUGUUUCACGUGGGAAAGGUCAGGAUCUAUUUCUCCGUUCCUUCCAUGAAAGUCUGCAAUUAAUCAAAGAGAAGAAAGUGCAGGUGCCGCCCAUGCAUGCAGUAAUAGUGGGAAGUGAUAUGAAUGCUCAGAUGAAGUAUGAGACAGAACUGCGGAACUUUGUACAGGAGAAAAAGAUUCAGGAUCAUGUUCACAUUGUCAACAAAACCCUGACAGUCACUCCUUAUCUGGCUUCCAUUGAUGUUCUUGUUCAGAAUUCUCAGGCCCGGGGAGAGUGCUUUGGCAGGAUAACCAUUGAAGCAAUGGCCUUCCAGCUGCCUGUAUUGGGCACAGCGGCAGGAGGCACCAUGGAGAUUGUGGUGAAUGGGACAACAGGUUUGUUGCAUCCUGUUGGGAAAGAAGGUGUGACGCCUCUUGCAGUUAAUAUUCUUAAAUUGGCCACACAUGUAGAAAGGAGGCUAACUAUGGGUAAGAAGGGAUAUGGGAGGGUGAAGGAAAGGUUUCUGGAACACCACAUGUCACAUAGAAUUGCUCUGGUUUUUAAUGAAGUUCUUCAGAAAGCAAAGAGCCACACUAAUUCUCGAAUCUUGAUUCUUUUUGGCACUUGGAUCGAUCAUCGAUUGUAUAAUUGCCUCCGCCGCGACUAAUGUAACAAGUCCGAAAGUUUAUGUUGGAAGAUUUAUAUAUAGCUAUGGUGUGCUGCGAUUCAGCUGUCAUUUUCCUGUAUUUGUUUAUAGUGUGUUUGAACUUUGAAGCAUAUCAUGGCAUACCAUUUUUCGCUUCUUUUUUUUUUUUUCUCUCUCUCUCUACAUCUACUACUUUUACUUUGGGAAGAUUGUUCCUUUUGUAUUUCUCUUUUUUUACUAUAAAUCAUAUUAUCUUACCCAAAAAAAAA